GGGGAGGGGGGAUCUUUAUUUUGAUUUGCACUCUAAUUGACCCAAAUAAAGGCUGUGGUACCACGAACAGAGGUUUUCUUCUGUGUACGUGCAGCCUCGAGGGGACGGGCCAGCACGUCAACACCCAGUACCUCUCCUUUCCUUGGAAAAGCCCAUUUGCUGUUGUGCUCGUCCAAUCGCUGGAUGCCGUCGGCUGGCUCAGCGUCGCAGCCUACUCGACGCUUCACUGUACUACUGCUCCCGUCUCCCUGUCUCCCUCUCCUCCCGCUGGCACCGGGGAGACCCCCGUUCCCUCUGCUAUGACUCCACAUCCGAUCAAAGCGCACACGCAGCGACGCUUGAAAUGACCGCUUGGACGUUCGGCUACCUUGACGCACAAGCAACACAGGAUCCGCUCGGGUUUGCGUAAAAGCAUCGUCCCACCUUUACAACAUGCAGAAGAAGCUGACGGACAACCCGAUUCCCACUUCAUCGAAAGCGUCCUCGUUUUUUAUCGAGAACCUCCUGGGCAAAGGGCGGAACAGGCACGACUCGACGUCAGACAGGAGUCAUGGGGAAGCCGGUGUGGAGACCAGAGUCCUGAGCACACACCAAGCCGAGGCGAGCGCUCCGGCGCCUGAUGGCUCCGGCUCCACAGCUCAGUCCCCGUCCAGAGACUCGCCGGUGCAGUGGUACCGCGGGGGGGCUGUCUUAAACUUCAGAGCGUUGGAAACACCACAGAGUCCGAGAGACACCACCAGCUCAGACGACCACUGCUGCUCCAUAUCGACCAGUGACAGGUGCUCCCCCGCAGUGUCUGAGCCCAUAACGGAGGCCAGCGACGAAACCGACCGGAAAACAGGCGACAGCAGUUUGACCGACGACAACGAAGACGCGCACAACGGUUUUGACGCACGGUCGGAGCCAGACGCGGCCUCGGACCCGAGCUCCACCCGGAAGAAGAAGACUCGGACCGUGUUCAGCCGCAGUCAGGUGUUCCAGCUGGAGUCCACCUUCGACGUGAAGCGGUACCUGAGCAGCUCGGAGAGAGCGGGGCUGGCGUCGUCUCUCCACCUGACAGAGACGCAGGUGAAGAUCUGGUUCCAGAACCGGAGGAAUAAGUGGAAGAGACAGCUGGCGGCGGACCUUGAGGCUGCACACAUCCCACACUCGACCCAGCGGAUUGUCAGAGUCCCUAUUCUGUAUCACGAGGGGCCCGCACCCACGGCAGCGCUGGGUUUUAACCUGAGCGGACAUCCACUUUCUCCACCCGGCUUCUCCAGCUCCAUCUACCCCCUGUCCUCGUUCGCUCACUCCAUGAGCAUGUUGAGAUCGCAGAUGAGCGGGCUGGUGUAAAGUCUGCAGCUAUCAAACUGUGUGUAGCCUAACGGGACUUCACCCUGUCAAAUACUGAGUCGUGCAAUAACCCACAAAGUGACUGCAUCCAAAGAUAAGACCUGGAUCAUCUGGAUCGGUAUUACCUGUGCUCCUGUCACAGUACGAGUAGACUAACAUGGCGAGGCCGGACCUGUGUAUGUACCCUACUGGAUCUUUGAAUACACGCGUAUUUUUUCAAACUUUUAUA